AUGUUCCAUGGAUUGCCAAGUGAAGACCCCAUUGACCACCUUGAUGAGUUUGAUAGGCUUUGUGAUUUGACAAAGAUCAAUGGUGUCUCUGAAGAUGCCAUCAAGCUGAGACUCUUUCCUAUGUCUCUAGCUGACAAAGCUCACCAAUGGGAGAAGAGCUUGCCCCAUGGCACAAUCACCACUUGGGAUGAAUGCAAGAAGGCCUUUCUUGCUAAGUUUUUCUCCACCGGUCGCACAGCCAAGCUUAGAGGAGAGAUAUCCAGCUUCAUCCAGCGAAACAAUGAGACAUUCGCAGAGGCUUGGGAGAGGUUCAAAGGGCUACACAAGUCAGUGCCCACACCAUGGAUUCAACAAUGA